GCAUGCGCGGCGCACCCUGGCUGGCCCAUUGCGGGUCGGGAGCGCAGAGCAGCAGCGUCUGACUCAGCCUAAGGCCGGAGGGAGGGAGCAGACCCCGCCGCUGUCAGUGCGCAUGCGCUGAGCUCCCCACAUCUCGCGAUCGGCUUCCUGUACGGGGCUUAAAGUCCAAGGGAGCGUCUGCGUCACUCCUGGCUGCUUCCGGUUGUGCUUCCGCUUCCGCUUCGAGGAGCGCCCGGCCAGGGGCCGAGUCCCUGCUGCUUAUCGCGGUAGCGCCCGGCCGGGGGAGCAGAAACAUCCUUCCAUCUGAAAUGGAGAGGGAUUGUUGGAAGUGGCUGUUGUCAUAUACACAGGCCAACGUGACUCUGGACCCGGACACGGCUCAUUCCAUCCUGCUUGUGUCUGAGGAUGGGAAAAGUGUGAGCCGAGCAGACACGUUGCAGGAUCUGCCUGACAUCCCUGAGCGAUUCGACACCAGUCACUGUGUGCUGGGCUCAGAGGGGUUCAGCUCGGGGCAACAUUACUGGGUGGUGGAGGUGGGGAAUGGGAAAUACUGGGCUGUGGGGGUGGCCAGAGAGUCUGUGAGAAGGAAGGGACGGAUCCGCCCCAGCCCCGAGGAGGGGAUCUGGGCUAUGGGGCUCCACCGGUGUGCAGGAUCUAUAAAUCUGUACUGGCUUUACACCUCCAUGCCAGCCAGAUUGAUCUCAACCGAUACGUUCAGGCGGAUAGGAGUUUCUCUAGAUUACGAAGCAAGGCAGGUGGCAUUUUUGGAUGCUGAUUGGAAGUCCCUCUUGUUCUCUAUCCCUCUGGCCUCUUUCAGUGGGGAAUAGAUCGGCCCUUACUUCUGGGUGCAGGGAU